AUGAUUUAUGCACGAGCGCUACAUACAUCGACCUUAUUAACAAAUGCAAAAGUGUUAGUUACUGGUGGAGCCAAUAAUUCUAAUCAUUAUCAUAAUACUACUGAGUUGUAUGAUCUAUCUACUCAAACUUGGACGAUGACUGGUAGAAUGAACUACGCACGAGCUGAACACACAGCAACUGUUUUAAUAGACGGAAAAGUAUUAAUUACUGGCGGAUAUAAUAUUACAGAUGCUUUAAAUAGUGUUGAGUUGUAUGAUCUAACAACAGAAACUUGGACAAUGACCAGUAACAUGAAUUUUCCACGAUUCGGCCACAUGGCUUCCAUAUUAUCAAAUGGAAAAGUGCUAGUUGUUGGGGGAUCUAAUGGUACUCGUUUUUUGAAGAGUGCUGAGUUGUAUGAUCCAUUAACUGGAACUUGGACAAUUACUGGUAGUAUGCACGUGUCACGAUUUGAUUUCACCGCAUCCGUUUUAACAAAUGGAAAAGUGUUAAUUGCUGGUGGAGUAACUGAUGAAGAUACUUCGGGUGGUAAUGAAUUAUACAAUCCAUCAACAGGAAACUGGAUACCUACUAGUGACAUGAAUAUGCAACGAUUUGGUCACACAGCAUCUGUGUUAACAAGUGGACAAGUGUUAGUUGCUGGUGGGUUUAGCGAUAAUUUUACAAAUACUGCUGAGUUGUAUGAUUCAUCAACUGGAACUUGGACAAGCACUGGUUUAAUGCAUCAGGCACAAGCUUUUCACACAGCAUCUAUAUUAAAAAAUGGAAAGGUACUAGUUGCUGGUGGUUAUAGUUUUUCUAGCGUUUUUUCCAAACAUUCUGAGCUGUAUGAUCCAUCAACGGGAACUUGGAUAACUACUGAUAGUGUAAAUCAUACACGAUAUCAACACACAGCAACCGUUUUAAUAAAUGGGAAGGUGUUAAUGUCUGGUGGAGCUACUACCGAUGGUUAUCUGAACAGUACUGAACUAUAUUAA